AUGGCUACCGUGGCUCAUCUGGCGUCGCUCGUUCCCUACAGCCAUCGCACCAUCACCGCUGCGCGAAACGCCAUCGCGUGCCUUCUCGUCGUGCACACCGUCAUCGCCGUUCUCUUCUUCAACCUCCUUCCUCUUCCGUUCGCCACGCCGUUACUACGCCCGACGAUUGACUUGACAGCAGACGACCUCGUCUUUCUCCCUUCGCGAUACGAUAUCGGUGAAUCGAAUUCCUCGGAUUUCACGGAAGGGGGGAGCGUGCCGAGAGAGGUAGAGGAGGAAAGCGGCGGAUCGGCAUUCCCUGAGGCACAAGCAGUGGACGGAUUCAAGGACCCGCAGCGCUUCUCUCUGGAAGAGCUCGCACGCCGCGAGGUGCUCACGACGGCGCGCAGCGACAUGCUGCGACGCAUCGACGACGAGCUGCGACAUGACGACUCGGGAAAAACGUGCUCGCAGAAGGUCGCAUUUCUCGCAUGGGCUGACGGAAAAUGUGCGACUCUAGUAAGAGGGAGUACCUCCAUUGCUCGCGAAACAGACCCGCUGAUGGCUAAUGAGACUCGUUCAGUCGCCGUAGCGCCGGUGGAUCUGCCUGCGAAGCGUGAGUUUCUCCUAGAGGUUCGGGCCGCUAUCGCCGCCAUUACCAAUCUGAACCAAUCCGAGCUCGACGCGCUUCAGAUGAAGCUUCUGGACUUCGAAAAGCAGCAGAAAGAACGAGAAUCAAAUUCAUUCUAUGAUGCAUGGCGGCUCGCGAAUCCCCAGGUGACAUGGCCACCACAGAAUUCCCUAUCCUCUGGCCUCGCCGAAAGGAAUAAGCUGCCUCCUCGCAUUCCGCAGAAAACAAGCUGGGAUGUGCGCAGACACUUGCGACGGAGCGACGAUUCAGCAGCCAAUGAGCGAAGAGCAGAGGACGCUCAAGCGUGGAGCAAGGCGCGGCUUGGGGACGAUCAGAUCGUGAUGGUGCUGCUCGUGCACAACCGGCCCGCGUACCUCAGACGGACGCUCGCAGCCAUGCGACGCGUGGAAGGCAUUCAAGACGUGCUGCUCAUUGUAAGCCACGAUGGGUACUACCCCAAGAUGGACGCCAUGGUGAGGGCGGUUGACUUCUGCCCCGUCAAGCAGAUCUACUUCCCCUUCUCCCCUCACCUCUUCAACGGCACCUUCCCUGCAGCUUCCCCUGACGACUGCCAAGGCCGGCUCCCUAAGAGUGAGGCCGAAUGGGAGGGAGAAGAAGGGGAAGAAGGAGAUGGUGGAGAAAAUGGUGGAAGAGGAGGAGAGGGACCAGAGGAAGAGAAGGAUUGGGUUGGCAAUUGUAGCGGACAGGUGGAUCGGUUUGGAAGGUUCAGGAACCCACGCACAAUAUCUCUCAAGCACCACUGGUGGUGGGCGAUGAACACGGUGUGGGGGGGAUUGGCGGAGACACGGGGGUUCAAAGGGCACGUGGUGUGGGUGGAGGAGGACCAUCAGCUCUUCCCCAACGCCCUGCGCCACCUGCGCGCACUCCUCCACGCCAAGCACGCACGCUGCCCCGACUGCAUCGCCGCCAACCUUGCGCCCUCCGACGUGCAUGAGUGGCAGGACAGUGGGCCGCGGACUUUCUCUGUGGAGACCAUGGGGAACAUCGGGUACUGCUUCAACCGCACUGUGUGGGAUUUGAUUCACAAACAAGCAGAGGCGUUCUGCUACUUCGAUGAUUACAAUUGGGAUGUUACAAUGUCGGGAUCUGUGUUAAAGCGGUUGCCAAAUGCCUCUUCUAUUCGCUGGUCAAGAACAAGUGCAAGACACUUCGGCAAUUGUGGAUUUCACUCAGGAAGGGGACGGAAGACCAGCAACUGCGUAAAGAACAUUUGGUGGAAUCAUAAUGACGAUGGAAUAGAGCUGGCAGAAUCUGAUGACGUGGCGAUAGCAGAUGGCACGUGGCUCGUUUCUAGUAGACGCGAACCUCUCGAAAUCCUUAACCAGGAGCUGUUGCGAAGUGGAUUCGCGGCACUGAACGCCGCAUAUCGUGGAGGAUCAACGAUCCGCGCCGCGACGGAAGACCGGACUUACGCUGACCUAGAAAUGGAGGAAAAACUGAAGUUUAUGCGAGAUGAGGUUGAGAAAAUGGAUUUGAAGGCGGAGGAGAGUUACGAUCGCGCAGGUGCUAGACUGCUCGACCUGUUCAACGGCAGGAAGGAACGCGAAGCCCAAUCGUUCUUCGACACGUGGCGUCGCAUGAACCCGUACGAGCCGUGGCCGCCGUCCUCGCCGCUCUCUCGGCGGCUCGAGGAGUGGAAUCGCCGGCCGGUGAGAGCGCCUGUGACGGCGGGAAACGCGGAGAAGACCGGCGGUGGGAUGGGUCUGCUCGCAAAGCUACGCGCGCAAGUGCGGCGACGAGCGGGGGGGAAACGGUCUAGCAGUAGCGCUGCUAUAACUAGCAGCAGUAGUGAUAGCAUUUCUAACCUUACCAGGUCGCGGGGCCCGUGGAAGAAGCGGUUGAGCGAGUCGGAUGUGGUGAUGGUGCUGCUGGUGCACAACCGGCCGGCGUACCUGCGACGCACGCUGGAGGCGCUGAGCAAAGUGGAAGGCAUCCAAGACACCCUGCUCAUCGUCAGCCACGACGGGUACUACCCCGAGAUGCACGCGCUGGUGCGCGGAAUCACGUUCUGCGCCGUCAAGCAGCUCUACUUCCCGCUCUCCCCGCACCUCUUCAACGGCGCCUUCCCCGCCGCCUCCCCCGCCGACUGCCAGGGGAGCGCGCACGACGCCACGGGAGGAGGAGAAUGCACGGGGCAGGCGGACCAAUACGGGUCAUUCAGGGAUCCGCGGAGGCUGUCUCUCAAGCACCACUGGUGGUGGGCGAUGAACACGGUGUGGGGGGGAUUGGCGGAGACGCAGGGGUAUGGAGGGCACGUGGUGUGGGUGGAGGAGGACCAUCUGCUCUUCCCCAACGCCCUGCGCCACCUGCGCGCGCUCCUCCACGCCAAGCACGCGCGCUGCCCCCACUGCAUCGCCGCCAACCUCGCGCCCUCCGACGUGGGCUCGAUACAGGACGACGAGCGGGGGGUGUUUUCAGCAGAGCGCAUGGGCAAUGUGGGGUACGCGUUUAACCGCAGCGUGUGGGAGCUCAUUCAUGCGCAGGCCAAGCCGUUCUGUCUGUACGAAGACUACAACUGGGACCUCACCCUCUGGUCCUCCGUGCUGCGCCGCCUGCCCUCCUCCUGGUCUCUGCGCUGGUCCCGUGCCAGCGCCCACCACGUGGGGUCGUGUGGACUGCACUCAGGGCAAGGGGACUCGCAGGGCAAGAGUAACACUAGUUCAGCUGCUGCUGUGAAGGGGAGUGGUGUGGAAGGGAGGGAGAAGGAUGCGGAGGAGGGGAAGGAGAAGAAGAGUGUGGGGUGUAGUAUAGGAGAGGAUGGGAUAGAGAAGGUGCAGCUGAUUGAUGAGGACUAUUGGAUGAUGGUGAAUGCCUCGGCUCCUGUCGUGGAACGAGAGGAGGAGAAGAGGUGGACGAUGUUUCCGGGAUGGGUGUGUCUGGACGGGUCCGCGCCCGGCUUUUACUACCGGCGGGGCCAUGGCAGCGGCGCUAACAAAUGGCUGCUCAACUUCCGAUCAGGAGCAUGGUGCACGUCCCCGUGGGACUGCUACAACCGCAGCUCGUCGCUGUGGGGCAGCUCCAACCACUUCCCCGACGUGCUGCCCACCCCCGGCAUUCUCAGCGCCCAGAGAGACGUCAACCCGGAUCUGUGUGACUGGAACCUGGUCAUCUUCCCGUACUGCGAUGGGGCGUCUUUUUCUGGCGACAGACAGGACCCGCUGGUCUUUGAGGGAGUGCCGCUCUUCUCUCGCGGGCGGCGCAUCCUCGACUUUCUGCUCGCACACCUCACAGCCAGAUUCCACAUGGCCACGGCACAGCGGGUGCUUAUAUCGGGGUGUUCAGCGGGCGCCCUGGUGGUGUAUCUGCACUGUGACUACAUCCGCCAUGCACACAUGCCCCCCUCCGCAUCCGUGCAGUGCCUUGCAGACUCGGGCCUCUUUCUUGACAUCACAGCUGCUGCCCCUCCUGAGAACACCCACGUUCAUCAUCAACAGCAACUACGACCUCUGCUGCGCCACGCGCUCGCCCCACCAGAGGCGGACCCGUCAGGCGAGCUCAUCGCCAGCUGCUUGAGGAAGCUGCACACGUGCAACCAAUCACAGCUCGCCACCUUGCAAGGCGUGCGGGAUACAGUCACAGCAACUGUGGCACCGCUCCUGUCACCCACGGCAGCCGGAGGGGGAGGGGAGCGGUUGGGUGUGCAGCAGCAGCAGCACGGGGUGUUUCUGUUCUCGUGCCUGACCCAUUGCACGAGCCACUACGAGGACCACUGGCUGCGACUCACCGUGAACAACCAGACUCUGAUGCAUGCUGUGGGCCAAUGGCUGCGAGCCGUUGACUCUGCCACAGAUGCACAGAGCACCAGCAGCACACAGGGUGGCACGGAGGGGUUUGAGGCAGCGCUGAUAGACUGCCCGUACCCGUGCAACUCGUGCAACGUGCAGGCACCGCCUCACAUGCCGCCCGCAGCUCAAAAGCAGGUGGAAGCAGGUCAAGGACGGGAGGGGUUCGGGCAAGGGCAGGGGGCGGUAGCACAAAGGCAGGCAUCUCAGGGGCAGGCAUCUCAGGGGCAGGUCAACGCAGGUGCAGCUCAGGGGCAGGUCAAGACAGAGGCCCCACGAGCACAGGUGGGAGCAGAGGCAGGGCAAGUGCAAGUCAAGACAGAGGUGGUGCAGCAGGGUGGGGGUGUGCAAAUAGGGACAGGUCAGGCUGGCCUGGUGCAACCAGAGGCAGGUGGAGUUCAAACUACUGUGUGA